AUGACACGCAUCAGUUCAUCCGCGCAACUACCCUUCCCUCUCCUCCUGCUACUCCUCCUCAAUCAUUUCGCAAGAAACGAUGCUUUGGCGGUUCCAUCAGAUCCACCCGCCGCCGACAGCGGCGCCGAGCGCGCGGUUAUAUCCGCGGGCGUGGACGAUCCGCGGUCAGACCACGGUGUGGCGGAGCCGGCGGAGGGUAGCAGCUCGGUGUGCAGGUUCGACAGGGAAAAAGGCACCUUCUCACACGAGCCGUACAAACCAAGCAGGUACGAAGUGGAUAGCACGCUCACCUCAGACGACUCCUGGGCACCACAUGGCACCGCACUGCACCUCUCUGGAUCCUGUCGUUUCCUCUUGAACGCCUCCUGCGCUGUGGUUGCCAUCUUUCCAGAACCAUGUGACGACAGCAAUCCCUGCACUGUCGACGCCUGUGCGUGGCACGGCCAUGGCCCCUUGUCCCUCUCGCCCUGCCUGCCGCACCCCCACUGCUUCUUCCACCCGCCCCACUGCACACACACCCUUCUCCCUGACUGCACGCACAGUACCACCACCACCACCACCGCCACCACUGCCACCACCACAACCGUGUCUCCCCUUCGCCACCUCUCCUCCUCCUCGCCCACUCCCAAGCACAAUGCGUUGCUGCAGGAGGAAGAGGAAGAAGGGGAAGGAGGAGGGAAGGAGGAGGAGGAGGAGGAGGAGGAGGAGGAGGAGGAGGAGGAGGAGGAGGAGGAGGAGGAGGAGGAGGAGGAGGAGGAGGAGGAGGAGAGGGGGGGGGGGAGGGGGAGGAGGAGAAGCACAGCUGCUGCAGCCAGCAACACGCACCAUCCAUCCUCUGCCACUUUCCCCAAGCGCAAGCACACGCACCCGCCUGUCGCACCUCUCUCCCCGCGCACCACCCAUCGCACAGUGUCAUCCUCCUCGCGACUGCCCCUCAUAUCCCCCUCCUCCCCCUUCACCAACUCCCUCCGCUGGCCCCGCUCCCCCCCACCCUCUCUGCACCGCCCUCGCCCCCGCACUCCUCGCACUCCUCUCACUCCCCCUCCCAGCUCUGCCUCACCUCGCCCUGCCGCCUCCAACCAUCCCUUCUCGCGCCCUCCCAGCCCUGCUGCUCCCAAACCCCAUCCUUCCAAGCUGCAUCCUCCCAAGCCUCAUGCUCCUAAACCCCCGACCCAUCGAGCAGCAGCGCUGCACAAAAAGCCCCCGCCACCCCCCAGUGCCCCUCACUCCAGAGCCGAAGCAGACUCAAAGCAAUCGUACGACCCGUUACCGUUCGCGUGGGAUCGCCCAUACUUGUCCCCAGCCUCGCCCCGCCACGCCCCCAGACGCCACUCCUCACGGCACCCUCCCCCUCCUGCCAAGAGGACGAGUCGUGCAAAGCACAAGAAGCGAAAGCCCCCGCCCGCAGGGGGAGCAGAUGCAACCAGAGGGAAGAAGCCCCCAAGGGCACGCCGGCCAACCCCACCCCCUCCACCAGCACCUUUGGUUCCGCCCCCCACACGACCACCAGCAGGCACUGCAGCACCACCUGGUGUGCUGCCUUCAGGGGAGGCACGGGGACCAGCAGCACCAGGCAGGCCGCGAAGUCCUAAUAACACCCCCGCUUCCUCGCUUCCUCCCUCCUCUUCCCCGUCCCCUUUCCUCUCGCCUUCUCCACCACCACCCUCAACCCUUCCACUACCCCCUCCUGUCCUCCCCCCUACCAGACCCCCACCCGGACCUUCUCCCAAACCCCCUCUCAGACCCCCUCCCAGGCCUCCUCCCCCCUCCAAGCCCCCCCUCAGUCCACCCCCCUUUCCCCCGCCAAGACCCCCUCCCCGCCCACCGAAGUUCCCUCCUCCUUCCCCACCUCCCCGCCCCCCUUCCCCCCCACCCAAGCGCCGCCACCCCGCUCCACGUCCCCCUCGCCCCCCUCCCCCUCCACGACCCCCACCACGCCGCCCCCCUCUCCGUCCCCCCCCCCGUCGCCCUCCCCCACGCCCGCCCCCACGCCCCCCUCCUCCAAAGCCCCCAUCGCCCCCCCCGCCCAUCCUCCCUUCCCCCGAGGGCGUGUUCAACGUGAGGGCGUUCGGGGCGGUGGGGGACGGGAAGGUAGACGACACAGACGCCAUGAGCCGUGCGUUUGCAAGGGCGUGCGAGUACGAUGGGGGGCGGCAGGACCGGCUGGCGACGCUGCUGUUCCCGCGGGGCUUCACGUUCUUCAUGAAGGGGCGCAACGUGGUGUGGCGAGGGCCCUGCCAGAGCGGGGGACUUGUCUUCAAGGUGGAGGGCAUGAUAUCGAGCUAUCCGCGCGGGGUGUCGUACCUGACGCCCAUCAUCAACCUGCUCUCCAUCCCGCGCCUCCUCGUGACUGGCUCCGGGCGCAUGGACGGGCAGGGCUACGAGGUGUGGCCACGUGCGGCGCGGCGGCCGUACCUGCUGCAGCUGGAGAACUGCACGGAUGCCGAGGUCACCGGCAUCACCAUCAGGUGCGUGAGGCUGUCCUUCCCUGCACUGCCACAUGCCCUGCUCCGCUCAUGCCCCACGUGGGUCUGCCUCUCCGAUGGACCUGGUUCAGCAAAGGUGCAUUUGAACAUCCGGUUCUGCGAGCGCGUGUGGAUCCAUGACUUUGAGACGCGCACGCCGUACAACGGCGGCAACACGGACAGCAUCCACAUCGUCUUCUCCUCCGACGUCCUCAUUGAAGACUGCACCCUGCACGGCGGGGACGACAAUGUGUCGAUAGUGGGCAGCUCGUCCAACAUCCUCAUUCAAAACGUUGUCUGCACUGCCGGCCAUGGCAUCAGCAUCGGCAGUCUUGGAAACUACGGCGCGCUGGCGUGUGUGAGCAACGUGACGGUGCGCAACGUGUUCAUGGCAGGGCUGCAGAACGGGCUGCGCAUCAAGACGUACGAGACGGGGCAGGGCGCCGUGUGGAACAUCCGCUACGACAACGUCACCAUGGUGGACGUGGGCCGUCCGAUCAUCAUCGACCAGUAUUAUUGCGAGAGGGAGCCGUGUGACGAUGGGCACAGCGGCAUCGCGGUGUUCAACGUGUCCUACUCGCGCAUCCGCGGCACCACCAACGGCAGCGCCGUCGGGGGCAUCGAGUUGCGGUGCAGCAACCACGCACCAUGCGGGCAGAUCUCACUCUGGGACGUGCACCUCCGCCACACCAAGUCCAAGGUGCAGCUCAAGCCGCUGUACAUGCACGCGUACGGCAGCAGCAAAAACGUGCAGCCGUGGAGUGAGGAGAGCACAGGCACGUGGAGUAAGACGAGUUUGUCCAAGGCUGCAGCUGGCCGCAUCACCAGCGAGUUUGGCAAGUGUGGCGGGUGA